UAGUUCCGGUCAAUUUUGUAAUGGCUGCCAAUGAUCUCAAAAAAUACAAAUGUGACCUAAAUAAGUUUACCGUUCCUAAAUUUAUGGACAUUAUUGAUGUCUGGGACCGGACUUUCUUGUUUUUACAGACAUUCAUCUGUCCGUAAGGAUGGGGAUGGUGUCAAAAUUAUAUUUAAUAAUCGGAUGUCUGUCCAUAGUCAAAGGAAGUCCCUUGCUGCUUUUUGCCAAUCGUAAAGAUGUUAGAAUGGUGGACGGGAACAAUUCUCGAGGUAAUUCCACUGUUGUCGCUGGAAACCUCGAGGAUGCAGCAGCAGUGGAUUUCCUUUAUGAGGACAGAUCGGUUUUCUUUACUGACGUCAGCCAGGAAAUGAUCAAAAGGACAUGGUUUAACGGCUCGGAAAUUACGGUAAAUGUCAUAACAACAGGUCUCAUCUCUCCAGACGGUCUGGCUGUUGAUUGGUUGGGUCGAAAGAUAUACUGGACCGACUCAGAAACUAAAAGAAUUGAAGUGGCCAACUUGGAUGGAAGUUACAGAAAGGUUCUUUAUUGGAAUGACCUUGACCAACCAAGAGCUAUUGCACUGGAUCCAUUAAAUGGGUACAUGUAUUGGACUGACUGGGGAGAGACACCAAAAAUAGAACGAGCUGGAAUGGACGGAACCCAUGCACAUCGAUCUGUCAUUAUAAAGGAUAAUAUUCAUUGGCCAAAUGGACUUACGUUAGAUUAUGAAGAUUCACAAAUUUAUUGGGCGGACGCUAAAAAUGCUUUCAUACAUAGUUGUAAAUUCGAUGGUUCUGAUCGCCGUGUGGUCGUUGAAGGGGAACUACCUCACCCGUUUGCUUUGACAUUGUACGAUCGGACGUUAUACUGGACCGAUUGGAAGGAUCGGUCUAUUAAUUCCUGUGAUAAAAUUACCGGUAGUAAUCGGAGAGUUAUACUUAGAGAUAUAUAUUCACCAAUGGACAUCCAUUCAUUUAGUGCUAGAAGACAACCAAAAGAUACAAAUGAGAAUGCCUGUGAUAAACAUAAUGGUGGCUGUUCACACUUGUGUCUUAUGUCACCAGCUCAUCCUUUCUUCACAUGUGCCUGUCCAACAGGAAUCAAACUUAAACUGGACAACAAAACGUGUAAUGAAGGAUAUGAGCAAUUAUUACUGCUAGCCAGAAGAACAGAUUUAAGGAGGAUAUCACUAGAUACACCUGACUACACAGAUGUGGUAUUAGAACUCACCAAUGUACAGCAUGCAAUAGCUAUUGAUUUCGACCCAGUGGAUAACCAAGUAUAUUGGACCGAUGAUGAGGUUCAUGCUAUUUGGAGGGCCAAUAUUGAUGGAACAGGUCAGGAGAAAGUUAUUGACAACCACUUGAUGCAUCCUGAUGGUAUUGCAGUGGAUUGGAUUGGUCGUAAUUUGUACUGGACAGACACAGGCACAGACAGAAUAGAAGUCUCUAGGUUGAAUGGAACCUCUCGUAGAGUUCUGUUAGCUGAAGAUUUAGAAGAACCAAGGGCAAUAACUCUUGAUCCAAUCUCAGGGUACAUGUACUGGACAGAUUGGGGAAAGAAACCAAAAAUAGAACGAGCUAACAUGGAUGGUUCUGGUCGGUUGGCUCUGGUGAACUCAUCAUUAGGUUGGCCUAAUGGGAUCGCAGUAGAUCAUGCUGAGAUGAAGAUUUACUGGGGGGACGCUAGUCUUGAUAAAAUAGAAGUGGCCAAUUAUGACGGGACAGGGAGACGUGUACUAGUCAAUCAAAAUCUACCUCAUUUGUUUGGAUUUAGUUUGUUAGGUGAUUACAUUUAUUGGACUGAUUGGCAGAGACGGUCAAUAGAACGUGUUAAUAAACGGUCAGGCAUUGAUAGGAAGACCAUUGUUGACCAACUGCCAGAUUUAAUGGGACUUAAGGCAGUCAACCUAGUCAAAAUUGAAGGCACCAACCCAUGUGCUCACAACAAUGGAGAAUGCAGCCAUCUUUGUCUAAUGACCCCUAAUAAAUCAGUAUGUGCUUGCCCAAUGGGGCUAGAGCUCAGUGGUAACAGUAAGACAUGUAUAAUACCCGAGGCCUUCCUCAUAUUUAGCGGGCAGCAGAACAUCAAGAGACUGUCUCUGGAAUCCAAUCACAGAAUCCGACCGAUUCCCAUCCGAGGGAUCAAGGAAGCUCCUAUUGCCAUUGAUUACGAUAUUAAUGACAAUAGGAUCUAUUGGACAGACGCAACAGAGAGGACAAUAAGCAGAGCUUUUAUGAAUGGUAGUGCAGUAGAAAAGGUGAUUCAGUAUGGUUUGGAGUAUCCAGAGGGCAUGGUGGUAGAUUGGGUGGCUAAAAAUAUCUACUGGGUGGAUACUGGGUCUAAGAGGAUCGAAGUGGCCAGGACUGAUGGUACAUCGCGAAGAGUUAUUGUUUGGAAAGAUCUACAUCAGCCAAGAGCUUUAGCUAUUGAUCCAGCUAAUGGGCACAUUUACUGGACUGACUGGUCAGAACCAGCAAGGCUUGAGAGGGCAGCAUUAGAUGGGACAGGGAGACAGGUGGUUGUUGAGGAUAUUGGCAAAGUUCAUGCUGUGACUAUAGAUUUCACAGAGAAAAAGAUCUUCUGGGCGAGCAUCGACAAAGCCAUGAUUGAAUCUGCCAAUAUUAAUGGAACAAACAGAACUCAGAUCAUUACUAAGCAGGUACCCAAACCUAUGGGUUUAACAUUGUACAAUGACUUCAUAUUCUGGGCUGACUGGGAGCAGCAGACGGUCGAGAAAGCUAACAAGACCAAUGGAAACAACCGUACCACACUCAGAGAUCACAUGGGUGUUGUCAUGGAUAUAUUGGUCUAUCAUUCUUCAAGACAAGCAGGAACCAACAGUUGCCAUGACAAAAAUGGAGGAUGUUCCCACUUGUGUUUGGCACAUCCUAUUGAAGAUGGUAAAAAUCUGAGUCAUCACUGUGCUUGUCCAACUCACUACAAAUUGAAUGCUGAUAAUAAAACUUGCUCAGCUCCAAAGACUUUCCUUCUGUUUAGCCAGAAAAAUGUGAUUAGCCGUUUAGUGAUUGAUAACGAUGAUGUUGACCCACAGACCCCAGAAGUAGUGUUACCUAUUCCUCAUUUAAAAAAUGUGAAAGGACUAGCCUACGAUCCAGUUGAUCAUUAUAUAUACUGGAUAGAAGGGAAACAAAACAAUAUAAAACGGUCAACAGAUAACGGUACCAAUGUACAAGUGAUAGUCCGUAAUGAUAAUGAGGCUUACAAGCCGUAUGACAUGGCCAUUGAUCCAUACUCUAGAGUUAUUUACUGGACGGAUGCCAAGAGAAAUGUUAUAAACAUCACAAGGCUUGACGGAACAUCUCUUGGUGUGGUCAUAGAAGGAGAGAAGGAGAAACCAAGAUCUAUUGUUCUUAAUCCACUCAAAGGGCACAUGUAUUGGGUGAACAUGGUACAGCCACCAACAAUUGAUAGAGCAGCCAUGGAUGGUACAGAAAGAAUGACAUUGUUCUCCAAAGCUUUAGGAAAACCGGGUCCACUAGCAGUUGAUGUUCAGAACUCAAGAUUAUAUUGGGCAGAUGGAAAUCUCAAUCGAAUCGAAUGCUCCGACCUUUCGGGUGGCAAUAGAAUAGUUUUAGUUGAUGGUCAGAUAGCUAGUCCAAAAGGAAUGGCUGUUCUAGGCAAAUAUUUGUACUGGAUUGACAGGGAUCAUAUGCUGAUGUCCAGGGCGGACAAAUUAAAUGGGAAGGACCGUACUUAUAUACAGGGCCGUUUGAAAGGCCUUAGUGACCUUCAUGUCGCAUUGAACGUGUUGCCAAAACAUAUGGAACAUCCGUGUGCACAUAACAAUGGAGGUUGUUCACAUAUCUGUGUUGCUAAAGGAGACGGCAGUUCGCGUUGUGCUUGUCCCACUAAUUUAGACCUUAAAGAUGACUUAAAAAUGUGUGCCGAUCCUCCGACAUGUUCUCCUGAUCAGUUUGCUUGUGUGAGUGGAGAUAUACAUUGUAUUCCACGUAGUUGGCGCUGUGAUAAAUCUGAGGAAUGCUCAGAUGCAUCUGACGAAUCAAAUUGUCCCAUUUGUCAUGCUGAUCAGUUUCGCUGUAAUGAUAAUCAUUGUAUCGAUCAGAGUUCAGUGUGUGACGGGACACCACAGUGUCAUGAUCAUAGUGACGAGGAGCACUGUUGUUUGGAGGGGGAUACAAUGUGCCCUCAUACAACCCCUCCUCAUUCAUGUAAAGGGCCGAACUGCCCAGGAACUAAAGCAUCGUCAAAUCCAUCCACAGCUCAUUAUACUAUUAUCAUAGUCAUUGGCCUUAUUGUUCUUGUGUUAAUUCUUGGAAUCAUUUUCGCUUGCAAGAGGAAGUCGCAGCCACCGGGAGUGAUAAUUUAUGAAACUGAUAUGAGUGUUGUUAAACCAUUAACAGCUCAGACGACUUUAAAUUCAUUAUCAUCGCAUGGAAAAUCUCAUGAAACAGGAUUGUCGCUUGGCUCUGUCGGGACAACUGGCAUUUACGACCGAAAUCAUGUGACCGGUGCUUCCUCUAGUAGUUCUACAGUGACACAAUAUCCACAUGAGACAUUGAAUCCCCCUCCUAGUCCGGUUACAACAGAUAGGUCUGUGUGUAAUGGGGAAUUCUAUGGAUAUUCAUCUAACAGCCCAUCAACUGUCAGGUCGUAUCGACCUUAUAAGCUCCGCCCAGUGCCACCCCCACACACAACGCCGUGUAGUACAGACGUUUGUGAGGAAAGUGAACCGUAUCCGUAUAAUGUGCGGACUAAGAAACAUAAAUCGAAACGUUCUAUAAUGGAAUUGUUUUCAGACUAUGACCCUUAUCCCCCGUGUCCUACCCCACGGAGCCAUUACUUCUCAGACGAUAUGAUUAGUUGUCCGCCAUCACCAUCGACAGAAAGAAGUUUUUCAAAUCCAUAUCCCCCGCCCCCAUCGCCAGUGGCUAAUUCUGAUUGCUAGAGUUUGUUUGUAUGUGUGUUGAGUGUUCGGUAUGUGUGGGUGUUAAAGACUGGGUGUGUGUGUGCUUGUAUGGUCAUGUGUGAAAGGGUUUAAAACAAUGUCAGCAUUAUCUAGAUAUAUUGUUAGAACUUCUACUUGGCUUUACUUUUAUGUUGUUUGACAUAGAAAUAUUACAUUUACAAAUUGUAUUCUAACAAUUAAUGGAGAAUUUAAUUACAAUAUUACAAAACAUUAUUGAUAAAUCUGUUGUUGAAUAUUGGCAAUGAACCUAAAAAAUAUUUAGAAUAUAAAUACAUUCUUGACAUUUGAAUUAAACAUGAGAAGGAAAUUGGUUUUAUGAAGUUCACCUGCAUAACUGACAAAGUGCUCAAAUUUAAGUUGUUAGGUGAGGUAUAGGGGCAGGUUCUCUUUAUAAAAAACUCUCUUUCUAUUUUUACAUUGUGCUAGGUUUAUUAGAUAUAAUACUAUUAUUGUUAGGCCAGUUUGAAAAGAUUUCUAGAUUCUCUACCCAGCCCUAUUUGAAAUUGGCCCCAUUUGGAUAAUAUCUUUUAUUUUUUUCAUCAAAGUGGCUGAAGUUUGUUGCUUUAAAAAAAAAUAGAAGUAUUCAGAUUUACUCUUUUGAGUCGGUUUACUUUUAUCUUUUUGGAUAAUUUAGAAUUUUCUUAUUUUUUCUUUGUGUUAUCUAAGGGAGAUAACCGGAGAAAAUUUUGAAUUACAAAAAUUCUUGUCUUUUAAUGUAGUCAGAAAUUCUCUUGUGUGA